GUUGUACUAUUCACAGGAGAGCUCUAUAAUUGCGCUUAAUGMUUCCGUAUUUACUCUGUUGUACACAAACAUUUCACUGUCAGCUCAGUCGUAUAUAGGUUCUUUGAUCAAGAGGACAUCGUAUUAUAAAAACACAAUAUGUSUGAAAGACGCUGAGUGCAAGGAAUCCGUGUUUGGAGGUGUCAUAUUGCAUUAUAAGAGUUACAAAGACACAGUUCAGAUUCAUCCUUAAAAUGAUUAGAAAAACCUGGCGUUACAUGAUUAUUCUUCUAACAUUAUGGCUACUAAUUUUAGGCUACAUGGGCUGGCAUUUGUUCGUUCUUGUCGAUGAUUCUAACAAGAAUCGAGACACACUUGUUCGAAAAGAGAAACAUGUGGAACUUCUACAGUCACAAAAUCAAAAGCUCAAGGAAAUAGUAUCAGAUCUCCAGGCCAAGGUAGAUCUUUUUCAAAGCAAAGAUAGCGUAAAGGACAAAAAAUAUAAGGAAGCAAUCAAACGCAUUCAAGAUGCUAGUCAACGAAAAGUGGCUGCAGCUGAGAGAGCAUCGCGCCAAAUUUCACCACACAUUGAUAAUUCACAAACCAAACUUUCUACUACCCUUACAACAUUAGAUGAAGAGAAUCUCAAGAGAAGAAUAGAAUAUGAGGUCAAGGAAUUGUGGUAUUAUGCGAGUGCCCAGAUAACAAAAGUUAUAAAAAGAUCCGAUUCUUCGACGAGCAAACGAAUGACAAAUAUUUUAUCAAAUAUUGAAAUGCUGCAUCAUUAUUUGAGCAACGACCUGGAAAAAUUAAAAUCUAUGAAACGUGAAUGGCAAGAAAAAGAACACAAACAGCUSAGCGAACUAGUGCAGCAGAGAAUAGAUAAGCUCCAAAAUCCCAAAGACUGUGCUUCCACAAAGAAACUGAUAUGUCAAUUGAAUAAGAGCUGUGGUUAUGGCUGUCAGGCACACCAUGUUUUAUAUUGUUUCAUUAUAGCGUUUGGGCUUCAGAGAACAAUGAUCAUCGAUUCAACGGGCUGGAGAUAUUCCUCAAAAGGAUGGAAAGGAGUUUUUCUUCCUAUCAGCAAAACGUGUUUGCAACACACUGGUACUUUAAAAGACUGGAGAGAGUCCAACACACAUCAAAAUGUAAUCUUGCCAAUUGUUGAUAGUUUGUAUCCCAGACCACCUUACAUGCCUCUAGCUGUACCAGAAGAUUUGUCCAACAGACUGUCAACAAUGCAUGGUCAUCCAUUUGUAUGGUGGAUUGGACAAUUUGCUAAAUAUUUAUUCCGAUAUGCUCCAGAGGUGCAAAAAGAAAUUGAUGCYAAGAAAGCAAAAUUGGGAUUUCAACAUCCAAUUGUUGGUCUUCAGGUCAGACGGACAGACAAAAUAAACACAGARGCUGCAUUUCACUCAAUAGAAGAAUACAUGUACUGGGUGAAACUUUACUAUGAAAGAAGAUCAAAAGUAGAGAAAAUUGACACAAAGAGAGUUUUUCUGGCAACAGAUGAUCCAUCAGUUUUACCGGAGGCAAAAGAGAAAUAUCCAGACUAUGAGUUUGUCAGCGAUGUUGGUAUAUCUAAAUCAGCUGGACUGGGUUCUAGAUACACAGAUACCUCUCUUCAUGGGGUUAUAUUUGAUAUCCARAUGCUUUCAGAGUGUGAUUUCUUAGUGUGUACCUUUUCAUCACAGGUCUGUCGACUUGGYUAUGAGAUAAUGCAAUCMAAACACCCAGAUGCAUCCAAGUAUUUUCAAUCUCUUGAUGACAUUUACUAUUUUGGUGGGCAAAGUGGCCAUAAUGUCCGAGCUAUAGUAUCUCACACCCCUGAAAACCAAGAUGAAAUUAGUCUUGAAGUUGGUGAUCUUAUUGGCAUUGCUGGGAAUCACUGGGACGGAUACUCCAAAGGACAUAAUUUCAGGACUGGUCAAGUAGGAUUGUACCCAUCAUGGAAAGUUGAAGAAGUUUUGGAAACAGCUAAGUUUCCAACCUAUGAUGACUAAGUCUAGUUUUUAACUGUUUACAAUAGCAAAUUUAGUAUUUCCAAUUGUUUAAAGUUUUACAAUCAAUGUUGAGAGCAGCAGGUGUUUGUUUUCUGUAGAAUUAGCAAUUAUUACAUCAAAAGAACUUCGAGGAACUGUAGCACAAAUCAGCAAGCUAUUCCCAGUAGUCCUUAAAGAGUCCUCUAAGUGAGACAACAAUCCARGACAGGUUCCUGCAAAGUUGCAGUGAUAGAUACCAUCUUUCACUCCUCCUAUAAUUUGCUGUUAUUUAUCAAUGCAAACUCGCCAAUCAUCUCACUUCAGCAAAGUGAAUUGUGAAGGGGUGAUGGAGUAUUACAACUUAUAAAACAUGUGUUCAAGCUAAAACUUUUAAGUUUAUUCUUAAAAGAAUAUUAACAAACAACAUUGUCUCUAAAAUAAUGCUAAAAAAAUCUGGCAUGAGGGCUAAGAUAAGCUGCAAAGAUUUAUUUUUAAUACGAAACUGAUAAAUGAAUAAAAAUUAAUAUAAUAAACCUAUCAAAUGAAGUUUUGAAGAUCUGCAAUUACUUUAUUAAUACUCAUAAAAUAUGCACGUUUUCUUGUUAUAACGUUUUUGUAKUGCAAUUUGAAGUCUACUCUGAACAAGGCUUAAAAGUUGGUUAUCAAAUUGAAUAGCUAUUUGUAUUUCUCUUUUUGCUAAUAAAUUGCAGUUUCAAGAGGCACUUUGCAACAGUCAAAUAGAGUUGUCAUGGUAUAGACUGGAGAUUUUGGAUAUCAUGUAUAGAAAUGGAAUUGCGAUCUUCAGUAGCCAGCGUGCAGUCAGUUAAUAUUACUAUACACUUCAAUGACAUUGCAUUAUUUUAUAUUAUAUAUAUAUACUUUUUAAUACAAUUCCAACAAAGCUGGGGAAGUGGGUGGCCCUAUUGCUAUGCCACUGUGGCUGUCUACAGUUUUGUGUACAUGUCAACUGUCUCAGUUGUCAUACAUCAGUUUAUUUGAUCAGUUAGUUUACAGUUUAUCUUAUUUCUGAAAAUGUUGUUUCUAAGAUCUAAGACAAGUUAUAAUAUCAACAAUAUCUGMAUUAAAAUUUUGUUUCACAAUAUUUUCAUGAAAGUACAGAGUGCAAACRCUAAAACUUUGAAAACGAUUAACCAAAUAGUUCAAUAUAAAAAUCUAUAGUGUAGAUUUGACAAUAGAAAUCAAAGGAAUUUUGCAUAAUCCAGUACAAUUUAAUUAGCGCUACUUAAUUAAUAAAAGUUUUUCAUUGUUUUAGUGUUUGCACUCUAAUAUACAAUGUAUUUUCUCUUAGUUCUAAUAAAUAAUACAAUUAAAAAAUAG